AUGUAUGAAUCAAUCGGGUGUUCGAAUUCGGGUGGGAAGAGCGGUCCGGGCGAGAAGAGACAGAGGUUUUUAUGGAUGUGUUGGAUGGCGACUCAAGAGGGUGGUCGGUGGGAGGACGACGGCACCUCAGUCGCAAGAGCCGAGAGCGACGGGAAAGGCAAAGAAAAAGACGGUCGAAAAGCUGGACAACCACCACCACCAAGGUUAGCACAAUGUGAUGCAAAAGAUGUCAAUGAGAAAGGACGAUGUGUAGAGAAGGGAAUCCAGGAAGAGGGGUGGGCCGUGGGAGGUGAGUCGUUCUACCAAGCGCUUGGGUAUGUCAGCGGUGGCAUCACGCAGAGCCGAAGCGAGUCAGGAGAACCAAAUGGUCAGGAAAGGGGGAGAGCGGAUAUGCACCAAAAAAUCGAAGGGAAAUGGUGGAGUGAGUGGGCGAGAAGAAGUCGGGUUGGGUCGAAGAGAAGGUUGAGGAGGAAGAGAGAGAGAGAGAGAGAGGAAGAGGGAGUGGGCGCUGGAUGGAUGGAUGGAUGUGGUUUCACCCAAAGCGAGCAGAGGUGGCCUGGGUCGGUGACAAUCCAUCCUCUCGAAUGCACCCUUUUCCCCCCCACAGACUCCCCCGACUUCCUUCCAGAUGCGAAUUGA